CGGGCAGAAAGAAGCACAACCACAAGGGUGUCUACAAUCCUACGAAAAAAGGACUUCCCCAAUACCAGGCCAAUCAGCAGCGGAAAAACGAGUCUUGGACUUUGGGAGGCACCGUUAAUCAUGCCAAGAUCAUCAAUGAAAUUCCCUUUACGUCCGUAACCAUACCGUGAAACUACGAGAAACCUGCCGGAAGUCGCAAUCGAACAUUCCACGUUAUCUUAAUACAGAAAACAGUGGUGGAUGGUUUGCUACUUGGUACUUGCAGCGGAGUGGGAAAUGUCUUUUCGAAAGAAUGAUCUCAAAGCAAUCAUUGAGAAAUUUCUGGAUGGCGGGAAAAGAAAAGAAGAACAGUUUUAAUAAAAGCUAUCCAGGAAAUUUUGAUGGUGCACAUCUUUCUUAAACCUACACAACCAGCUUAAAACCGAUUGUCUAAAAAUAUCGAACGAAACGUUAUAAUUGUAGAAAAAUCGGAAUAAGGGGAAGGGGCAUCCUCAACUAAAGCCCAUGGAUCAAGAUGGGCUUGGAAAGGCUGGCCACUUGCCUGCACAAACUGCUAGUCAGAAUCUGGGAAACUCAACAGCUACCGGGGGACUGGAAGGAAGGGGUCAUAUACCCAUAUACAAGAAAGGCGACAAGCUGGAGUUUGAGAACAAAGUGAUAUCCCAGAUCAUCUUCCGUCGUCUGUCACCAUUAAUGAAUGAGUUAGUGGGAAGUUAUCAAGUCAGCUUCGUUGACGGCCGCUCGAGAACGGACCAGAUCUUUACCGUACGGCAAAUCCUUCGAACUUCGCACUUCGAACAACUUUUUCAAGUGCCAGCCAGGCCAUCACCACCUCGGCAUGAUCUGCCUACACACUCAGUUUUUAUUUCUGCAGCUCGGCAAAAUCCGCACAGCCGUGCGCCAGCAAAAUAAAUAACUGAUAGUCCAGCAAAAAUAGCGUUUGUUAGCUGAUUUUCGGCAAACUAUUUGCUGAUUAUCAGCAAUUUUGACAGAAAUCUCGGCAAAAAACAUAUUUGCUGGGGCACGGCUGUGCGAUUCUCGGUAAAAGUUCAACAUUUUGCUGAGAUCCCGGUAAAAAAAAUUAAGUGUGUAGGAUCCGACGUAUAACACGCGUCAAUACCGAAGCUCCAUCACUGCUAGAGAUUCAAACAGCCAUCCAAAGCAUGAAAUCGAAUAAAGCCCCAGGGGUCGACCGCAUAUCAGCCGAGAUGCUCAAAGCUGACCUUAUGACAUCCGCUCAACUACUGCAUCGUUUAUUUCAUAAUAUCUGGGACACCGCAACUUUCCCGGUCGACUGGAUGCAAGGUAUCUUAGUAAAGGUGCCCAAAAAGGGUGACCUGACUGUAUGCGAUAACUGGCGAGGCAUUAUGUUGCUGUGUACCGUUCUCAAAGUUCUGUGCAAAAUUAUCCUAGCCCGGAUUCAGAAGAAGAUCGAUGCGACUCUCCGGCGGCAGCAAGCCGGAUUCCGUGCCGGAAGAUCCUGUGUGGACCAUAUUGUCACGCUCCGCAUCAUUCUGGAGCAGGUCAACGAAUUCCAAGAGUCCCUUUACUUGGUAUUCAUUGACUACGAAAAAGCUUUCGACCGUCUCAAUCACGAGAAUAUGUGGGGCGCCCUGAGACGCAAGGGAGUUCCUGAGAAAAUCAUCGGCAUCAUCGAAGCACAGUACGAGGCCUUUUCGUGUAGAGUGCUGCACAAUGGGGUCCUGUCCGACCCUAUCCGGGUCGUAGCUGGCGUGAGGCAAGGAUGUAUCCUAUCACCGUUACUGUUCCUCAUCGUAAUCGAUGAGAUUCUGGUAGGUGCGAUUGACCGUGAACCAAACCGCGGGCUGUUAUGGCAGCCUAUAACCAUGGAGCAUCUAAACGACUUCGAAUUGGCUGAUGACGUUGCACUCCUCGCGCAACGGCGCUCUGAUAUGCAGAGUAAGCUCAACGACCUUGCCGAGCGCUCCUCUUCGGCAGGUUUAGUCAUCAACGUCAACAAAACCAAAUCGUUGGAUGUAAACACGGCGACCCCUUCCAGUUUCACAGUAGCCAAAUGGCGUCGGACGGCGGUACCAAGAUCGACAUAGGCGCACGGAUCAAGAAAGCAAGGGCUGCCUUUGCGAGUUUAAGAAAUAUUUGGAAAAACAGGCAGAUAAGUGAACGCACCAAAAUUCGAAUUUUCAACUCUAACGUGAAAUCUGUGCUGUUAUACGCUAGCGAAACAUGGUGUGUAUCAGUGGAGAACACUCAACGGCUGCAGGUGUUCAUUAACAGAUGCCUGCGGUAUAUAAUUCGGGCCUGGUGGCCUCACAACUGGAUCUCAAACAAUGAGCUCCAUCGUCGUUGUCACCAGAGGCCGAUAGCAACAGAAAUUCGGGAUCGGAAGUGGGGCUGGGUCGGCCACACUCUACGUAGGGGCGGGGGUGUUUUUGUCGUCAAUCGGUGUGGACGUAUUUUUAUUUUACUCCCGGUCACGCGUUUCAAUUUGAAUUUGUUUUGCUCACGUUUACAGUUUAUUUUGAUUGGUGCGAUGAACUGCGAAAUUUGCUCACUCGAUUCUACCGACGACGCGGUAAUGUGGACCUGUGUUGGGUGUACGCGUACCUUCCAUGCAGCAUGCGUAGGAAUAACUGUUCAGCGCAGUUCUCUAAGGAAAAAGGAUAAGAGGAUUGAUCCUAAUUCAUACAUUAUACCUUGUUGCAAUUCAUGCCAAACGUUAAUAACAUUGAAUUUUGAAAUCAAAGCGCUGACCGAACAGCAGACCAAAUUAGCGGAAAUAAUCAACAGUAACACGGAAAUUAUCCACCGCUCAGCGCAACAGGUGAACCCCAAUGCAGUUCACGAUGCGUUUGAAGGUAUGGAGAUUUUGCUAACGAGCAUAAAAAAUGAGCUAUCUACCAUAAACAAAAAUAGCAGUUUAGUUGGCAGCGUAAGUACAAUUAAAAAUCACAUCACUACGAUGUUUGAUAUAGCGAUGAAGGCUGCUAAGGAAAAUAUGGAAGCAACUAUGAAAUCGAUGUCAGCAGUUUUAUCAACUGACCUGCGCAACAUAAAUAAUGAUAUAAAUCAGCUCAAUCAGCUGUCCAUUGACACAGCAGCAAGUUUCACAAUGAACUCCAAUCCAAUGCUGGGACUGGAUAUACUUGAUGAAUUAAAGUCUUCAGCAGAGAACAUUAUUUCUAACCAACAUGCCGCAACAGAAUCAAUAACUAGUGCAAUUAGUUCAUUGGACAGCCGUUUAAGUGAUGUUCAUAUUUCAUCAGAGGCACCGUCGGAUCGUAGCUCAAAUUCUGAGCCAUUAAUUAACAUUGAGAACCUUAAACCACCGUCCGAUCCCAACACUAAUUCAGAAGCAGUGAACCAUAACUCAACCUUAACCUGCCGUAUGUUAGGAUCAAAAAAAGUUUGGCGAGCGGAUUGGACGGAGUACGAUCUACGCGAAUAUCGCCGCACUCAGCAAAUAAAAGCGAGAGACAAAGCUAUUAAGCGGAAAAAGCAACUGAAAAAACAGCGCAACAGAUACAACAUUCAAAAUAACCGACGAGUCGAAAAAUGCCAUGAAGUGAAAUCCAACAACAACAUCUAUCCGUUCCCGAGAAAUUCGACGGAGCGCAAUGUGUUCAUUAACCAGGGAGAUAUUUAUGACAAGAGGAAUCAUACAGCGAGCCUCCCUUUGGACAGAGAGUUAUUAGCUGCAGCCAAACUUCAAUUUUCGGGACCACCGCUAUCAACGAAUGGAUCGUAUGGACCUCAUGGGCCAUACAUUAAUUUUCAGAGAGGUGAAGUAUUGAACCCCUACCCUACUGAUGAACGGCCAACAUAUUUAAACCGAACAAGUGCAACUGAAAGACGCCGAUCCUGCCAGUGUUUUUGCCGGAACUGACGCACUCCAUAGAGGAAGCAGAUAGGACUAAUUUUAUAUGUGAUUGUAUUAUUAUUAAUGACGAUGGCGAAAAUCACACUAAUAAUGUAAUAAAUGAAAACAGUGCUACAAAUAGCAAUAUUCAGGAGAUAUCGGUAUAUUGUCAAAAUUUCAAUAGGAUGAGAAGCGCUCCUAAAAUGACUCAAAUCCAAAAUAAUGUUUUAAGUACAUCUUUCAAAGUGAUUUUAGCGACUGAAACAAGUUGGGACGAUAGUGUUAAAAAUGAAGAAGUUUUUGGUAAUAGUUACAACGUUUACAGAGAUGACCGAGACUACGAACGGUCUGGAAAAAAAUCAGGAGGAGGUGUUUUGGUUGCAGUAUCCACAAUUUUCAAUUCAGAAAUAAUUAAAACGGAUAAAUUCAAUGAUUUUGAACAAGUGUGGGCCAAGGUACAAAUUUCAGGUGAAACUCAUGUUUUUGCUUCAGUUUAUAUUCCUCCA